AUGGACUCCACCGAUCGGAAGGCUGACAAGGCGCUUGUGGCACCCCCGAAGAUGGAUAGUGCAGUCAAGGGCGCGAAGCCUGGCUCGUUUGCCCUCAGCGACGUCGUUACCGGCUAUGCAGGCGCUGAAGACGGCCCACUUGUGCAGCAGCUUCCAAUGCCGUCACAUAUAAUGCCGUACUACGGGCAGUAUCCUGCCAUGUGCGCUCUCCCUCCUGGUGCCGCGCCGAUGGGAUUUCCCAUGCCGCCGCAAACCGGCGUCGGCUCACCGCAAAUGUGGAUGCCCGGCAUGGUGCCACCCCCACCUGGCGCAAAUCCGAACGCGACUCUCACGCCCCAUCCCUACGUAUCGCAGUAUGGUGCCGGUGCACAGCCGGUGAUGUACAUGCCGAUGUCAUAUAGCUACCCGCCGUGCAUGGCAGCAACUGCGGUCACUCCUGCCGCGGCAAUGGGAGCCUCCUUCAACGGGCAACAGCCCGCGAAGCCGGCGCCGCAGGGAGCGACGCCCCCAUACACUUCCACAAUGGCUGCACCUCCUCAUCCGCAUUCGAACGCCGCCGAAACACCGGUGCUAUCUUCACCUUUCAUGGACGCAUCAUCAGCGAACAGCACAGCACCGGCACUCCCAGUUGCGCCGGUGCCCGUGCCCGUGCCGAGCAUGACUCCCAUCGAGUUCUCCGUGAUGCCACUGAUGCCUAACACCAAGCUGCCACCUGGCGACCCGUUCUGUCCAGCAGGUGCGACAGUACCGUCACAAUACGCGACUGCGUCUGCUGCCUGCUUCUCGGAUGCCGCUGCCGUUGAUGCGUCACUGUCGCCGCGACCGCAUCCCAGCAACGGUGUGACGAACGACUUCCCGACUAUGUCGCAGCAGGGUGAGUCGCAGACAAUCGGUGUGGCGGCGGCGGCUGGCCUAAGCGUAUCCUAG